GGAGGAACUAGUAGGGCACGUUCGUCAGAAAACACCUCAAGGCUUCAUAGCGGCACAACACGGACUUUACCAGCAUAAACAUUUUGCAUCCCUUGGACAGCGGAGCGAGUUUUCACGGUGUAUUUUGGUACAUUCCAACUUGGUUUCGGAUGAAGUAAAUGUGACUACUGCUCCCGUCGAAGCUCUCCUUGUGUUUUUGGUUCUGAGGGAUCGCUACACAAAGCCAUGGCUGCAGUCAUUCUCCUGCUUGUCGUCUCUCUGCUGGGUUCAGUCGAAGGUUCUGACCUUAGAUAUGUGGCGCCUGGAUCGGACCUGCGGCUGGAUGUAAACCAAUUUGCAGUUGGCGCCAACGAUGAUUUAAUUUGGAAAUUUAAUAUCACUCUUAACAUUGUAAGAUUCGAAUCUUCCAGUAACCCUAAAUUCUACAAAACGUAUAAAGAUAGAGCUGAGUUUUUUGCACAAAACUACUCUUUGCUAUUAAGAAAUGUGCAACACAGUGACAGUGGAGACUAUAAGGCAGUAGCAAGUGGAGAGGAAUACAUCACUGUAGCUGAAUACACAGUCAGAGUCCAAGACCGAGUGUCUGCAGUGAAACUAACAGUGACCCCAAAUGACCCCAGCUUCUGUAACUUCACCGCGACGUGUAGAACGGUGGAUUCUCUAAUUAGUGGAACUUUUCACUGUGUCAACCAAACCUGCCAUUUACUGAAGCAAACAGACUUGAAGAACUCCUCCAUGUUAGUCUACGUAGAUGAAGGCUCCAUCAUCUGUAACCAUAGCAACCAUGUGAGCUGGGAACAGGAUGCAGAGGCUGUUGAAUUUCUCUGUGAGAAAAAAACUGGUAAAAGAAAGAGGAGAUCAAAUACAGGGCAUGGCAUUUCUGAGGAUAAGCCAAACCACAAUCUGUAUGAAAGUCCUACAGAUGCUGCUAUAACAUCGACUUAUGCUAUGGUGCACUUUGGUAAUCCUGAUGAGCAGCGUAAUGACACCAGUACCAACCAGCCCACCCAGCCUGAAACAAUUUAUGCACAAGUGAACAGAGCCACCAAGUCCAACUCCCAACCUGCUGCAGCCAAUGGAUGACAAAGAAAGACAAAUUAAUUGUAAAGAUCUAAAAUGGACAAUUCAAUUCUGUUUUAUUUUAUAUUCACAUGUACAGUGUAUGUAAUUACAAAGCUAUUUUCUAACUGAACUAAAUUGUUCAUGUGUAUUUCACGGGAAUACCGGAGGUUUAUUAUCUGAAUAUUUGCAUGAAAUUAGUUGAACUGCUGAAGUAUGCAGAAUUUACCCUGCAUACAAGUCUGCUGUAGUAGUGGUAAAAAUCUAAUUAUGUCAAAGCUUUUUCUCACGCUCAGUUACUGAUCUUCUGCAUCCUGUCCUUGAUGCAGUUGCAUGCAUCACCACAAGAGGUCAAACAGACCAGAAGAAGAAACAGAUGGGAGGCUCAGUACCAGAGUGAGAACAGUUUAGAAAGGUCUGAGGACAGAGACAACUGAGGGAAUCUAAACUGACACACAGAAGCACAGAAACCAGACAACAGCACAAACACAAAACAGAACCAACAUGAAAGUGACUCAGAUACAAACCCAAAGGGAGUCAGGCUCAGUUCUCCACUCCAGUUUGUUCUGUGCCUGUUUUGUAUAUUAAAACACACCAUCUGCUGCCACUUUGUCUGCCUGCCUCACUGCCUUUGGGUUCUCAACAAAACCAUGACAUGAGCAGACCAAUUUGUUUUUCUCAAGAGUCAAACAAAAAAUCAGCAACUGCAGAUGCGAUAAUAGUAUUAAAAUGGUCAUCAGAAAACGACCGAAGAUUGAUCUUUCAUAGAGAGAAGAAAGACAGACUUUUAAAACUACUUAUGUUGAGACUUAGAUUGGCAUGAACUGAGGUGGCAACAGCAUGAUCAGAAGAAAUCACCGGUGGAUUCAAGAGCUUUUGAUGAAAGACUAAAAUAUACAGAGACAGGACCGGUGUGUGGUAUGGUGGAAAACCCUUAGUGAGACAGAACGAUACCCCAGCCUGGUUGAUUGUGAGUAUUUUAGGUCCAUGCUUCCAUCCUGACAACAAGAGCAUGACCAGCAGAUUCACAGGCUUCAUGUUUUCAACUGAAGAAGAGUCAACUUGGUUUAUUGCAGAAUCUCCCAAAUUAAUCAUGCAGUUUUCUGUGUGUGGUUUUAUUUUGAUAUUUUCAUUUGUAAUUUCAUUGUAUUAUUAUUUUUUUUUUUAUCAUGCUGGAUAUUUUUCAUUUUUCUGAAUGUUUUUUUGUUUUCAUGAUCGAUGUAAAACAAAGUUUGAAAAAAACAAUUCACAAGCCUUCUUGAAAAAGUAUUUUAAUAUUUUGUUUAUUUAAUCCAUACUGGUAAAUUUUCUGUCCUAACCCCGAGCUCUAAUUUUCACCAGCUAGACCGCAAGAUAACGAUGCUCCAAUAAACAGACUUCUCUUUCUUUUUGCUGAUUUAUUCAAGAAUGGCCUCUGACCAUUGCCUUAUCUUUGACCAUCAUAAAACUGAAAUAUACAAAACAUGGCAUUAGCUAACUAACAUUGUGAAUUAACCAGUUACAUGCUUACUGCAAGCUAAAAUAAACGAUCUCACAAAUAACUUAAAUGUACAAAUUAUCACACCACUGUUACAUGAAGCUGAUGUCUGACUUCAAUUCCAAUGUUUCCCUCUGAGGACUGCAGCACAUUAAGGAGAAAAAUGUUCUGCAGGUUCUUUGAUUGAUGUAGUAGUUUUAAACCACUAAAAAAAUAAAAUAAUUAUGUUAGGAGAUUCAAUUUGUGUGCUCAUGCCAAGGUGUAUGAAGUGUAUUAUUACCAAGUGAGGUGUAGUACCUAAUUGUCACCGCUGUGAGGCGUAAGUUAAAGAGGUCAGGGACACACGUGUUGUCACGUUAUUUUUCUUCUGUUGAGAUGUAAUUCAAGAGAGAUGUCCACUGUUAAUGAAACUAAAUAAAUAUGCCACAGAGGCUAAAGAGGA